AUGCGUCCUGCGGAGCAUUUCUGCCCUCACGUGAGCGUGGACCAAUCAUUGGUCAAGGCUCAGGCGCGAGCCCAGCGUUGGAAAAUGGCGGGGAGGUUGGAGGCUUUGAAAGUAGAUCCGCUGGGAGCCGGGGACGAGGCGGAGGAGGCUGAAGGGUCCCUGCUCUGCUGGAGAUCUGCCCAUCCUUGGCUCAAGCCCAGGAGUGUUUGUGAAACCCACUGGGAUUUCCUUCCCUCCCUUUCCUUUCCUCAUUCCCCUCUCACUCUCACUGGAUCUGGUAAUUCUGGUUUCCUCUCUACAGGGCAGGCCAAGUCUUUGGAGAAGACUGAAGACUUGCUGACAAUGGUGGAAAAGCUGCAGAAAGAGGGAAGCCUGGAGCCACAGAUAGAGGACCUGAUUCACCGGAUUAGUGAGCUUCAGCAAGCAAAAAAGAAAGCCAGCGAGGAACUGGGAGAGGCUCAAGCUCUCUAUGAGUCCCUGCAUAGGGAAUUAGACUCAUUGAAUGGAGAGAAAGUGCACCUAGAAGAGGUCCUGAGCAAAAAGCAAGAGACACUGAAGAUCCUCCAGCUGCAUUGCCAAGAGAAGGAAAGUGAGGCUCAGAGGUUGGAUUUUGAAGAACAGCUGGAGAAGCUGAUGGGCCAGCACAAAGACCUCUGGAAAUUCCAAAUGCUGGAGCAGCGACUGGCUCGGGAGAUCCGUACCCUGGAGAUCAGCAAGGGGCAGCUGCUUGUAGAGGAGAGACUGGCGCGCACCAAGCUGGAGGAGGUGGAGAGGCGGCUGCGGUCUCCGCUCGGCUUCGAGGGUCCCCAAGUAGUGAGCGACGGGCUCGACCUGCGCUGCCCGGAGGCCGCGGCCGCUGGGCCAGCCCAGUGCUCCCCUCGCGCUAGCAAGGAGAAGGACCUGGAGCCGCCGGUAGAGCUUGCCUGACACCACCGCUAGGCUAGUGGGACCCGCCCGUCCCGACUUUCUUUCAAGGCUUGUCAAGAAAUAAAG